AUGCAGUUUGUCACCUGGGAUGGCCCAUCCGGUGCCGUUUUGACCCCAGAGCUCGUGCAUCCUACCAUCUGUAGCAUUGAGCACCGCAGACCUGCACUCAAACUCCUUCGAACGGUUGUACGAAGACCCCCAAACGGAUCAGUAUCAGGUGCCACCACCAUACCCCAGGACAAGGGUCACCGCUUUGCAAGGGUCCAUUGGGACCAACCUGCCGAUUCGCGAGCUCUCAUCAUCAUUCCAAACUUCGUUGCA